AUGGCCACCCCCGCCGCUUUGCCGCCGCUGCCGUUCAACCCGGCCAGAGUACGGUCAUACAUCCUCCGGUUACCGUUGUUCACCCGGCUCGUCCUGCUCGCCAUUGUGGUCUUUUGGCUGCUCGAACUGCAAACGGUAUGGGCUGUGAUCGAAUGGGGGGCGUUGACACCCGACGAGAUUGGGAUCCAAUCAAUGCACCGCCUGAACACCUACCCCUUUAUCCACGUCGGUUUCUUCCAUGCUCUCCUGAAUACCGUCGCGCUUGUUCCGCUGUUGGAAAGGUUCGAGGCAGAGCAUGGAACCCUUACCUCUGUGGCACUGUUCAUGGGGCCUCUCUCGACGCUGCCGGGGGGUCUGUACCUUUUAGUCGAGAAAUUGAUUUUACACCGGAACACUUCGGUCGUCGGGGCAAGCGUUUGGGUAUUUCUACUCUUAGGAUCCGAGGCGAUCAGAACAUAUAAAUCGCACCCAAGCUUCAGUCUCGGCACUCUCAAGAUCCCUACCUGGACUUCCCCGCUCUUCGCGUGUGUCAUUGUUUGGAUUCUGGUCCCGAAUACUAGUUUCUUGGGCCAUCUGUGCGCGAUUCUGGUUGGAUAUCUUCUUGGUCUCGGAUACCUCAAGUUCUUCAACCCCCCCGAAAAGGUUCUCCGGUGGGUGGAGGGUAAGCUCAACUUGCUGGGUCGUCUACCGCAUUACGUUUCUGUGGACCAGAAGACGUAUGGCAGAUACGGCGUCCUGCCCAGUGCCAACAAUGCAACGGGUGAGCGAGGGUCGCCGAUGAGUUAUCUGGGCUCGACCCAACGCCUGGCUACACUCCGCAAUCUGCGAAACAACCCGCAGUUCCUCUUCAUCCGGCUCCCCUACCUUCUCUCCCUGCUGUGCAUCGUCGUCGGCGUGGUCUGGCUGCUCCUCCUCCCGCUUGACGAGUACUCGCGCCAGACCUACAUUUCCGAGAACGCCCUCUUGCCCGGACAAGUGCAUACAUACUUUGCGGGGAGCGAGCAGAAUGUUUUCCGCGGGUAUAAGAAGGAGCUCGAAGGGCUGUUACCCGAGGGCGAAGCGAGAAACCAAGCAGACUUGAGCCCUGUGAUCUCCGAGAAAAUCCAAUCUGCCCUUCGAGCCGCGGGGCUGAAGGUCGCGACGCAGAACUACGAAUACACCUCGGCGGGGAUUACGCACCAGGGCCAGAACGUGUAUGCCAUUGUGCAGGCACCGCGCGGAGAUGCCACCGAGGCAAUUGUGUUGGUUGCUACCUGGAAGACGGUGGAGGAGGAGUUGAAUCUCAACGGAGUCAGUCUUGCAUUGACGCUGGCUAGAUAUUUUAAGAGAUGGUCGUUGUGGUCCAAGGACAUCAUUUUCCUAAUCACUCCCGACAGCAAGUCUGGAACACAGGCUUGGAUCGAUGCGUAUCAUGAUAUGCACUCACCGUCGGUGCAGUCUCUUCCGCUGAAAAGCGGAGCGCUGCAGGGCGGCAUAGUGUUCGAAUACGCAUUCGACCACCGCUUCGAAACCCUGCACAUAAUCUACGACGGAGUCAAUGGACAGCUGCCGAACCUAGAUCUGUUCAAUACCGCUGUCGCGAUCGCAGGCGGGCAGAUGGGGAUUGGCGCCAACAUGCAAGAGAUGUGGAACCACGACGACAGCUAUGAGAUGCGGCUCCAAACUAUUCUGCGAGGCAUGCUUAAGCAGGGGUUCGGCUCUGCGAGCGGCGCCCAUAGCAGCUUUAUGCCGUACCAUAUCGAUGCGAUCACCCUGCAGGCCAAGGGGGACGGCUGGCAGGAUGAGAUGGCCCUGGGCCGGACCGUGGAGAGUCUCUGUCGCAGUCUGAAUAAUCUUUUGGAGCAUCUUCAUCAGAGCUUCUUCUUCUACUUGCUCAUGCAAGCCAAUCGGUUCGUGAGUAUCGGGACGUACCUCCCGAGCGCGAUGCUGAUCGCUGCCAACUUUACCAUCAUGGCGAUUGCCUUGUGGUUGCGGACCGGCUACGACAUGGAAUCCUCCGCCGCCGCCGCCGCCGUAAAGCUGGAAGACAACAAGAAAGAUGAAGCGACCCCAAAAGACAAACCCGACGAUGCGGCCAACAACAAGGCCGUCGUUGAGCGCCAGCUAGCUCUCCCACUCACCCUCGUCGUCGGAUUCAAUCUGCUGGGCUUGGCGCCUCUCUAUCUCUUCAAUAACCUCCAUCACGGGCACUUCACAAUCGCCGCGUCCUUUAUUGCUCUUGUCGAUGCCGUCCUCCCUCUCUCAGUCGCGGCCCUGCUCGCCCGCGGCUCCGCUCACCCCCCGAUCCGCCAACAAUACCUGCUCAUUAAAUCCUUCUCCCUCCUCCUCCUCGGUCUCGCACUGUCCGCCCUUGCAACCCUUAACUUCUCCCUCUCCUUCAUGGUCGGUCUGCUGUGCGUGCCGCUCACUUUCGUCGACCGGAUCUCCUGCAGCAAAGCUCCCGUCCGGAUCGCCGCCACGCUUUCUGGUCUGCUCGUCCUCAACGCGCUGUCCCCGCCCGCCGUCCUUGUCGCGGGCUGUCACUACGCCGGCGUUAGUGUCGAGUCUGUCCUGACCCACGCCGCGUUCGGGUGGGACGUCUGGGGCUCGUGGACGCCCGUCGUUGUCUGGUGUGUCUGGUGGCCGGCUUGGUUGGUUGGCUGUGUGCUUUUAGGGGUUUCUCUUUUUUAA